AAGUGUAUAGUUUCCUUAAGAUCAAAUCAUACCACUCACAGAAAAAAAUCAAAUAAUACAACGAGACAGGAUUUAGCAGAAAUUAAAGCAAUGGAUGAUGCAAGUCCAAGUUCUCCAUCUUACAUUUAUGAAGAUUUUGAUCCAAAAUGCAGAAUCCACAACAAGGCAACACAUGACGCUCUCACCUUUUAUUUACCACCCGGUUUCUCACUGGACCAUAUCGCUCUUCUAUCAAUCGGGAUUCCGACACAAAGCUGGAUACAGAUCUUCGGGCACAGGCCGUGUGAAGAUGAAGGCUGCCCCCAGAAGUGGAUCCGAUUUUUCAAGGAAUUCAAUCUUUCAAGCAACUGCGACUUGAGGGGCGUCCGUAUGAGAAUGAAACUAGAUGAUGACAACGAUAAUCAUAAUCUGUACAUAACCCAACACAAACCGCCAUCCAUGUUUAAUAUUCCGGCCGUCCGGGAAGAACAAAUGUCAAUUUCUCUCCAUGAAGACAUCUAUAAAGAUGUUGAUGAUGUGGUCUGGGAGCUGAAGAUGGGAUCGCCUGAAUUUGAUACUCUCCUCCUCUAUUUACCGUCCCCAGGUUUCACUAAAAACCAAGUAAGCGUUCGAUUAACGGAAUCUCAACGGCUCCUCGAGAUCAGUGGACAUACAUAUGACUUAACGGCAUAUUCCGGCGGACAACUCCGUGUUCCGCCUGGAUUUAAAUUGGUGACUCGGUUUUCUAAGAACAUCUCCGUUUCAUGUAACUACGAUUCGGACCGGAUCGAGAAGAAAAUUCAAUACGGUAUCCUGUACAUAACACUUCCCAAAGUCAUUACGAAGAGAGAAAAUCCGAUUUCUACAUCCCAACUGAUUAAAAAGUUACAGAACAUGAUGAAUGGGGCUCUGACCAUCUGGUUAAAUUGUUGUACUUGGUCAAAGUAACUAUUACUCCGUAUUACAUUUCUCCUUCUAUUGGCUUUGCCAAUUUUCAAUUAGGUGGGAAAAGUUACUACUCCCUCCGUCCCUUAAAACUUUG